AUGGAUGUUAGAAGUGAUAAUUUAGGAUUUCAAUGUUCUACUCAUAAACGAGUAUAUGAAAACAUUUGUCAUAAAUGUAAUAAGCUAUUGUGUGGAAGAUGUAUUACUAUUCACAAUAAAGAGUUUGAUCAUAUAAAGUAUUGUGAUCAUAUCGAUGAUCUAAAAUUGAAUCUUAAUCAUCAGUUUGGAAGUGAUGUAAACAAUAAUAUUAAUAGCUAUAGUGAUUGCUUCACCGCUAUCAAUAAUAAUAAUCAUCUCAAUCAGAGAAUCGAAACGAUUUGGUCAACUAUAAAGUCAUCGGCACACUAUCAUCAAUCGUUAGCUACCACCGAGACCGAUAUUACCAAUCAUUUCCUUGAGCUGCAUCAAUAUCUUAUCGUUGAGGAGCAGAAGCUAAAGAGACCGAUCAUCCAGAGCAAAGAAGAUGUCAACACCACCAUUGAUUGCAAGCUCAAAGAGUUGAAAUUCCUUGUCAACACAAUCAACAAUCAUAAUCUAUUUGUAAAGUAUAACGGUGACAUCAAAAAAGAAUACGCUCAAAAGAAUAAUCAUAAUAGUAAUAAUGAUAAUUUAGAGUAUUCAUCGACUUGUUCAGAUUCAACAGAUUGUUAUUCCAUUCCAAAGAUAAUGGCAUCAAUACUAUCUUGUUCAACACUCUCAUCUUUUAUUCAAUCUAAUAAUAAUACAUUGUUUUGUCAGUACACCGAAAAUAAUAAUUUCGACAUGAGAGAUCUUCUUGCACAGUAUAAUAAUAAUAUCGAUUCCUAUACAUUGGAUACAAUCUACAAGUAUAAUAGUCAAUUUAAAACAUCGGGAGAUAGCCUGUCCAAUGGAAAUCAAGAUCACUAUGAGUUGGAAAUUAAUAAAUUCGAUACUAACAAACUAAAUGAACUUCUAACUCAGUCAAUUAAGAUGUCAACUGUAUCGUUACCACCUGUUAUUCAUACGGACAAUGUUCUACCGACAAAAUAUCCAUUCAUCUUUACCACUCACACAAGCAAAGGUGCAACACUAAUAGAUAUUAACAACAAGAUUAUCGAUGAGAUUCAAUCUAAAAAAUACGACUUCAACGGUACCUACAAUUCCAUGGUAAAAGUCGGUGACAUCAUCUACAUAUUCGGUGGUUUCAAGAAUAAGACCAAGUAUUUUAGAUAUUCGACAUUGAAUGGAUCCAUUGAGGUAUGUGAUAUGGAUGGUAUAGAAGGUGGUCGUUGGAUAUCGGUUUGCUACGACGGUAUCGAUCAUAUCUACAUGAUCAAUCGUGAUGUACACUCCAGAUUGGACAGAUACAACAUCAAGACUGAAAAGUUUGAGAAAAUCGAUACUUUUGGUGUUGGUGGUGUCCAGAUUCUAUCGCUCUUCUACAAAGGAUUGAUCUACUCAUUCUCAUCGGCUGCUAAUACCAUCAAUAUCUAUGACGUCGGCAAACACAAUCUCCAAGAGUUGAAAAUCGAUAAACUUUUCAAUGCCACCAUAGCUGCAUGCACCGACGGCAAUGGAAAUGUCUACCUACACAGUAAAGAUAACCUUUUCAUUCGAUUCAAUAUCGAAACAAAUGAUACUAUCGAACUUCAACCACUCGGAUACUUUGAACAAGCAUUGUCAAUGACCUACCAAAAGAUUUCUAGUUCCGAGAGUUAUAUCUACUUGCUUGGUGGUGUUCGAUACAAUAAUCACCGUUAUUCCAUUAAAAACAAUCAAUGGGAGAAUAUCUUUGACGAUGAAAAGUAUGAAAGAAUCUAUUGUUCAUCCACUAUCUUUGAUUCCACUUAUCAAUUAUCAUAUCAAGCUUAG